AUGGCGCACCUCCAAGCAUCCAAUCUCUUCUCCGUCCAAGACCGAGUGGUCGUAAUCACCGGAGGUGGUAGCGGUCUUGGCCGCAUCAUGGCCAAAGCACUCGACGCCAACAACGCAGACAAGAUCUUCGUUCUCGGCCGGCGCGAAGACGCACUCCAGGAAACCGUCUCGCAGGCACUACACAAAUCCAUCAUCCCGAUCCAAUGUGACGUCACCUCGAAAGAGUCCCUGGAGGCAGCGUACAAGGCCGUCGCGGCACAGACAAAACAUGUGGACCUCCUCAUCGUAAACAGUGGAAUCAUGGGACCGCUGAUGAAACCACCGCAGCGAAAUGCGGACGGGUCUCUCGCAUCGCUUUCCAAUGUCAGGGAUGAACUUUUCAAUAUCCCAAUGGAGGAGUUCAAUAAAGUCCUGGACGUCAAUGUCACAGGUGCAUACUAUACAUUCCUAGCAUUCUUACCUUUGCUCGACGCUGCGAAUCAGAGACGGCCCGCACCGCAGCCGAAUGUUCUCUCCACGCCCACUGCCCAGGUGAUCAUCACAAGCUCGAUUGCUGGAUAUAAUCGCAAAGUGCCCUUUAGCUUCGCCUAUAACACUUCCAAAGCCGCGGCGACCCAACUGGUCAAAUUGCUGUCUACGAAUUUCGCGGACUACAAUAUCCGCGUGAAUGGUAUUGCGCCCGGUCUUUACUACUCGGAAAUGUCGGAGUCGCUGUUCAAUGGCGCUGGGCUGGAGGGCCAAGCUAUCUCCGAGGGCUCAUUCCCGCGUGAUAUGAUCCCCGCAACUCGGGGAGGUAGCGAGGAAGAUAUUGCUGGCUUGAUUGUCUGGCUCGCCAGCAAUUCGGGUGGCUAUAUCAAUGGUAAUAUCGUGAUUACUGACGGCGGUCGCGUUUCUGUCACACCUGCUGUCUACUAA